AUGUCGUCUAUCCUAUCAUGCUGGCCGUUCAACCGAUUCCUGUCAACAAAACCAAUCAAGCAAAUCUCAAAAUCUGCAGAAGAUGGCUUUAGCCUGUUGUACGAAGGUGAAAAUCCACUGGUCGAUAUUAUUGCGGUUCAUGGGCUGGGAGGUCACCGCGAGAAGUCAUGGACUACUGAAAGUGGUGUCAACUGGUUGAAAGAUCUACUUCCAGUUGAUUUACCUGACACGAGAAUUCAUACUUGGGGUUAUGCCUCAAUGUACACAGACGAGCCCGAGUCCCCGCAAGACACUUCCGAGAGACUAGUCUCGGAGUUGUUCGCGAUGAGGAAAAUGACCGGGACACUAUCGCGUCCACUCAUUUUCAUCGCCCAUAGUUUUGGGGGAAAUAUUGUCAAAAGUGCUCUCUUGUAUUCUUACAACUCAAAUGAGGAUCGGACACUUUGUCUCCGCAACAUCAGCCUUUCAACCCAGGGUGUCAUUUUCAUGGGAACCCCCGAGCUGGACUCGAGGUUAAAGGGGCUCCAGACCUUCUUGGAAACUGACCCUACACCCGAGAGCGAGUCAAGCAACACGAUCAAAGAAGCCCGCUGGAUGCUGAAAACAUUGCAAGAAUACUCUACCAUCAGCACCACAUACAAGACUCUCUACGCCUACGAAAGCCUCAACAAUCCGUCUCAGGCAACGCAGUCCACAUCAGAACGGCUCACUCCGUCCAUAACGAUCAAUGCCACGCAUGACAACAUGAUCAAGUUCGAAUCAAGUCUCAACGAGAGCUACAUCAAGAUCAAAGAAAGUAUCGACGAGAUUAUCCACUCUACAAGGGAAAAAGGAUUGAAAGAACAGCCAUAA